CUUCCGUAACCGCUGCUGCUGCCAUAACAGCAAGUGUUUUUCGCGCGCCCACCACCACCUUCCUGCCAAGCAUCAACCACCACAUCAUUCAACUGACCAUCCUGCAAGCAGAGCAGACCAGCCAUCUGUCGAUCUCAUCGUGGAGUUACAGGAUCGCGAAGGCGAAGCGUGACACGGAUAGCAGAGAACCGUGGCUGGGUGUCUCUGUGUCAGUUAUUUAUCCUGGUGUCCUGCAUUUCCUUGUGUCUUCGUGUGAUGAUGGCGUCUUUACGGGAUGUGAGCCGCACCACCGUGCAUCCAGCCAUCGCUGCGCUGCAAAAGGAGCUGACACAGGCUGCCAAAGAGCCCUUGUUUCGCGUUCAAGAGUCCACCUUCUCCAACCGAGAUCUCGAGCGAUACCGCAACCUGAAGCUGUAUGAGAAGCGGCAUGAUAGACGGGACAUGAAGAAGAACUUGCUGUUCUACUCCAACAAGAUCAAAUCCAGUCCGUACGGCGACAAGAUCGACACGAUUCACAGGGUGUGGUGCAACCAGUUUGAUAAGUUGGAGGAACACCACGGCUACAUCCAGUGGCUGUUUCCCAUUCACGAGAAAGGCAUGGCCUUUGAAUCGCAGGUGUUGCAAGUACACGAGCGCGAGGCAAUCAAAUCACAGCCAAAGCUCAUCACCAGGUUUAUCAAGUCGUACAAGAUGAUGCUCAAAUUUUACGGCUUUCGCCUCGUCGACACGGAGACUGGUGAGAUUGCGCUGAAUGAGAAGGCCUCGAAGCGCCACGACAACUUGAACCACCGCUAUCACAACUAUCUCCGCAUCACGCGCAUUCUGAAGAGCCUGGGCCUGUUUGGGCUGCCCCACUACCAGUCGGCGUUUAUGGCCGGCAUGUUGCGCGCCAUGAUCACCCACCAUCUCUUUCCAAACGCGAGAUCAAGUUGUGCAGGCUUCUGGGUGAAUGCAGUGCUGAACGACGCGGACCGGGCGGCGCUGCAGCAAGUGAUCACAGACCACAGCCGCGCGCCCAGCGCUCCGGCCUCACGCACCGUCUCGGACGCCCUGCUCAUGGACUCGCUGGACAUGUACGGGUUUGCCACGGACGACGACGACGACGACAGCGAUGAUGAUGACGAUGCGGAAGCAAACGGAGGCGAGGAGACACACGAAGAAGGGAAGCUGAAGCAUGCAAAGGAAGGGCCCGAGGACGACGAGGCCAUCAGCGGCGGAGAUGGUGUCGCCAGCGUGCACAAGCCGGGCGCAGCAAGCAUGUCCAAGUACAGCCCGCAGGCGACGCGCCUGUCAAAGGCGCCCAAGUUUUCCACCGAGGGCGGUGACGGCGAUGACGGCAAUGACGGCGCACGCACGAGUGACGACCGCUGUACCGAGGAUGAGGAUGUGGAGGCCGAGGGUGGUGUGGAGUGUGAUGUGGAGGAUGAGCGCGGCGACAACCAGAGCGCCAACCAGAGCGACAACCAGAGCGACAACCAGAGCGACAACCAGAGCGCCAACCAGAGCGACAACCAGAGCGACAACCAGAGCGACGACGAUGACGAUGAAGCUUGAGUGGGUGGCUUCGUGAUGGCUUGAAUAUUGGUGUAAGAUGUCUCAUAAAUUUCCGCAACCGCA